CACGGCACCUCUCCCCUGGGCGGGCCUCGUUCGUUUUCGGCUAGACUCAGUCAGUGGCCUGCCCAGCGACCCGCCGCCAGGAGACUCAGAAGUUCGAGUCUUACACUUCCCUCCUGCUCAGAUGUCUUCAGUCAGUCUCUGGGUGCUCCGUGUAAAUGCAACCUGGGAAGGCGAGGGGAGGGGGAACACGGGGUGCCCCGGAGACCCGGGGUGGAGCCCCGAGAUACCCAGAGCUUGUUUAGGGAGGGCUAGGGAAAGUGGAGAGAAGACGUCCUCAGAGCCCCGGAAAAAGAGCGGGAGCCCGAGCCAGGACAGACGCGAGGAGCACCUGCAAGAAGUGGUGGGUCCCUGCGGGGGGUUCAAGGACGACCCUAGCCUUGGCCACCCAGAAGACACCGGAACUCGGGAGGAGAGCGGCUCCAGAGGAGGGAGGGCCCCGGCUUGGGGGCGCGCGCGCCCCGCUUUACUGAAGACGCAAAGGAGAAGCUCUAGGUCUCUCAGCGAGUGGAGGACAGAGCCGGGAUCGGGACCCCCAGCCCUGGGCACCCACCAACUAGCUCCCAGGCUCCAGGGAGACUGAUGGUAGAAACUAAGGCACGGGACUAGGGGAAAGCGGAUCCAGCUCUCGCAGGGGCGAACUGGACCACAAUGGGGCUGAGGGGCGGGGCCACAAUAGGGGUUGUGGGCGGGGCAUUGGAGCAGCUGACAGGGCUGAAGUUAGGCGCAGGGGACCCGGGCAUCCCACCGGGAUGGUCGGUCUACUUCUGAGCCGCUGCUUCUUCAGACUUCUCCCCUCGGCUCUGCCCGGGCCCGAGCAGGGUGGCCUCGCUGUUCUGGGGCCCCAACCCCCCAGUUCCUCCCCAACAAAAAGGCCUCUCUGUUUGUUGUCCGGGCGCCUCGGAGACCGGCCGGAGGCGUGGCCGACCUGGCGGCUCCAGUCUAGCGGCUAAGUACCAGUGCAGCAAACCUCGUCCCGGAGUCCAGCAUGGACAGCAGUGUGUGGGUGGGCUCUUGGCGGCCCCACCGGCCCCGGGGCCCCAUUGCAGCACUCUACAGUGGUCCUGGGCCCAAGUACCAACUGCCUCCUAGCACCGGUUAUAAGAUGCACGACCCAUCUCGGUUCCGGGCUCCUGCCUACACGUUCGGCACCCGGAUCCCCACCCAAAACACGACGUGCGGCCCCGGCCCUGGGCACCUCAUUCCUCAGCGCAUGACCGUUCGGGGCCCCGACGGCGGGCCUGCCUUCUCCAUCUACGGGCGGCCCCGAGAGGGCCGCUUGUUCCACACUCCGGGCCCUGGUCGCUACUUUCCAGAGCGGGCUGCCCGCAUUGCCUUCCCCUGCGCCCCGGGGCACUCAAUAAGAGGCCGGAACAAAGACUUAAAGACGGAUCUAACCCCCGGCCCGGCAGCCUACACGGUUCCGUCACUCUUCGGCUGCCGUCUGAUCCACAAGGCUUCGGCUCCCACUUACUCCAUCUACGGCCGCAAUCCUUUGGGCAGCUUCUGCCAAGACUUGAGCAAGACUCCGGGCCCCUGUGCUUACCACGAGGUGAACCCGGCUGUGUACAAGCCCAGGGCCCCCCAGUUCACCAUGCAGCCUCGCAACUACCUGCCCGAGGACAACACCGUGAAGCCUGGGCCGGCAGCCUACAACCCUCUUAAGCUCCGCCAAACACCAGGGGGCCCCAGCUUCGGGAUCCGCCACUCGGAAUUCGUGGCCCCAACUAUAAUGGAAAUACAGGAAUAACCUCUGCGGAGCCGGACGGGCGAAACCCCACAAAGGUUCCCCUCGUAAAGCCUCCUGGCCCAGCCCAGCCUCAAUCUGUCCAUCUGUCCAUUUGUCCGGCCGCCCCCAACCCCCAAGCGUCUGUCAGCCUGUGUGGCUGUGGCCGCCGCUGCGCCGCCUCCCGUUCCGGCGGUAUAAAGCAGGCCCCUGGCGGGCCGCAGAGUAUACUCCCUCUUCUCUCAGGCCCUGGGCGCAGAGCCCGGCCGCCCCUGCGCCUGAGCCUGUGUCUGUCUGUCUGUCAGUGUGUGGUGACCCCAUGCGGAAAUAAACCUCGUCCUGUA